CCAGGGGACAGGGCCCAGGGCCACCCGCCAGCCGGGACUUGUCCACGCUCCGCAGCUCACCCGCUCGCGGGGCCCACGUAGGUGCUGGAGCCAGCCUGACAGGCUCGGCCUGGAAUCUCUCACUCUGGCCUACUUCAGCCAGUGAUUGGAUGAUGGAGGCUGUCACUCAAGUCUUGGGGCGUGUCUAGAGGCGGUCCAUCGAUAUGCCUGAGUGGACCUGUCCAAACAGCCCUGGCGUGCUGUGCUCAGGGGUCCAGGUGACUGCGCAGCCUGUGUCCCCGCGAGCUGCGGUGCCCGCAGGUCCCUGGAGAGGUCGCGGGGUCACGACGGAAGCGAACAAUGGUGAGUGUGCGGCCACGGCUGAUGGGACCUGGUCAGCACCUGCGUGGGCCCCGCAAGCGGGUCUCAGUGACCUUUGAGGAUGUGGCCGUGAACUUCACCCAGGAGGAGUGGGCUUUGCUGGAUCCUUCCCAGAAAAACUUUUACAGAGAUGUGAUGCAGGAAGUCUUCAGAAACCUGGCUUUUAUAGGAAACAAAUGGGAAGGCAAGAGCAUAGAAGAGCAGAUCAAAAAUUCUGGGAAUAAUCUAAGGCAGAUCAUUUCUCAUUCCGGACACAAACCUUACAAGCAUGAGGAAUGUGAAGAGGAUCUAUAUGAAUUUAAACCCUACAGGACAUCUCUGCCUUCUCUUGAAACUGUUUCAUCACAAAUGUUCAUACAAACUGGAAAUGGACCUUUUAAAAGUGCAGUAUGUGGGAAAGUCUUCAGUUGUUCCAGUUCUAUUCAAAAGCAUGAAGAAACUCAUACUGGGCACAAACCCUAUGACUGCAUAGGGUGUGGUGAAACCCUUUUGUCUCUGACAGGUGUUCAAAGACACAUGAUCACACAGAGUGGAGAUAAACCUUUCAAAUGUCAGGUAUGUGGGAAAGCCUUUCCCUAUCACAGUUUAUUUAGAAUGCAUCAAAGAACACAUACUGGAGUGAAACCCUAUGAAUGUAAAUACUGUGCUCAAACCUUUAUUUCACGCCCAAGUCUUCAAAGGCACAUAGUCAUGCACACUGGGAAAGCACCUUUUAAAUGUGAAGUAUGUGGGAAAUACUUUGUUUAUCCCAGUUUUUUAAAAGAACACCAAAGAACACAUACUGGAGAGAAACCCUAUCAAUGUGAAUGGUGUGGAAAAGCCUUCAAAGAUCAAGGUUAUUUUGUAAGACAUCGAAGAGCUCAUAUAGAACAGAAGUUCUAUGAAUGUGAACAAUGUGGAAAAGCCUUCUCUGCUUCCUCUUACCUUCAGAUCCAUAAACGAAUUCAUACUGGAGAGAAGCUCUAUGCAUGUAAACAAUGUGGGAAAGCCUUCACUCGUUCCUCUCGCCUUCUCGUACAUGAACGAACUCAUACUGGAGAGAAGCCCUAUAAAUGUGAACGAUGUGGGAAAGCCUUCAGUACUUCCGCUUAUGUUCAACUACAUGAACGAAUUCAUACUGGAGAGAAACCUUAUAAAUGUGAACAAUGUGGAAAAGCUUUCACUCGUUCCUCUUACCUUCACAUACAUAAGAAAACUCAUACCAGAGAGAAGUCCCAUAAAUGUGAACAAUGUGAAAAAGCCUUCAUUUGUUUCUCUUACCUUCAGAUCCAUAAACGAACUCAUACUGGAGAGAAAUCCUAUAAAUGUAAACAAUGUGGGAAAGCCUUCACUACUUCCUCUCAACUUCACACACAUAAACGAACUCACACUGGAGAGAAACCCUAUAAAUGCGAACAAUGUGAGAAAGCCUUCACUUCUUCCUCUUACCUUAAGAUCCAUAAACGAACUCAUACUGGAGAGAAACCCUAUAAAUGUGAACAAUGUGGGAAAGCCUUCACUAGGUCCUCUAAUCUUCACUCACAUGAACGAACUCACACUGGAGAGAAGCCCUAUAAAUGUAAUCAAUGUGGGAAAGCCUUCACUAGGUCCUCUAAUCUUCACUCUCAUGAACGAUCUCACACUGGAGAGAAACCCUAUAAAUGUAAUCAAUGUGGGAAAACCUUCAUUACUUCCUCUAAACUUCAUUUACAUGAACGAACUCACACUGGAGAGAAGCCCUAUACAUGUAACCAAUGUGGGAAAGCCUUCACUUCUUCCUCUAAACUUCAAUUACAUGAAUGAACUCAUACUGGAGAGAGGCCCUAUGAAUGUAAACAAUAUGGGAAAGCCUUUACUUGUUCCUCUAACCUUCACUUACAUGAACGAACUCAUUCUGGACAGAAGCCCUGUGAAUAUAAACAAUGUGGUAAAGGCUUUGCUAGAUCCAGUCAGUUUCACUUACACAAAUGAACUCAUUAGAGAGAAAUUCUAAUGAAAACGGGAGGCAAACAUUUUAUUACCAUUUCACUCCUAAACACUAAGAACAUUACUGGAGAAAAUUUCUUUGAAUGUAAAAUGUGGUAAAUGAAUAUUCCUUGUCAGUUACAAAGACAUGAAUGGUCUCAUACUGCAGAACAUUUUUUUGUUCUGGGAAUUUAGUCCCAGGGUGCUCUACCAUUAAGCUACAUUCCCAGUCCUUUUCCUUUUUAUUUGGAGACAUAGACUUGCUAAGUUGCUUAGGGCCUUGCUAAAUUACUGAGACUGGAGUCAAAGUUGUGAUUUUUCCAGAGUCACUGGGAUUACAGGUAUGCACUACCCCAUCUGACUGAAUAAAAUUUCAAAUGAAAAAUUAUGACAAAUCAUUCUGUGUUUCCAAUUGCCUUCAAAGGAACUUCAUUCACACCGAAAACACACUGAGUGUGUGAUGUUUCAUUUUUCUUCUCAUGUUGAAAGUUCUUGUGGAGAGAAGCCCUGUGAAUGUGAGAAAUGUGGGAAGCCUUCCAGUUUUCCCAGUUCCUUCCAAGGACUGGGAAGAUUCAUGUUGAAAGAUUUAUGUCAAAUAAAUAAAUAAACCCUAUGCAAGUAAGAAAUGUGAAGAGUUCAGAUGUUCCAGUUUGUUCAGUUGUGUGAAAGGACUCCUCUGUAGGGAAACCUGUGGAUAAACAAUGUGGACAGUAUUCAACUGUCAUACUUUCCUUCAAAGACAUAAAAGGAUCCACAUCAGGGAAAUCCCUUCUGCCCUUCAGGAAAUUGAACACUUUCAACUUUCCCAUUCUCUUUGAACACCACAGAAGAGCUCACUAGAAAAACGCCUUCUGUGUAGAAAUGUGGUGCAGCCUUCACUUAUUUCAGAUCCACUCAGACUUGAGUGACAUGUUUUUUGUUUUUUUCUUUGUACCUGGAAUUGAACUCAGUGAUGCUUAACCAUUGAGUCAUAAUCCAGCCCUUUUUAAAUCUUGAAAAAAUUUGAGACAUGGUUUCAUUGAAUUUCUUAGGGCCUCACUAAGUUGCUGAGGCUGACUUUGAACUUGUGAUCCUCCUGCCUCAGCCUCCUUAGCCAUUGGAAUCACAGUUGUGUGUUGCUUUCAGCAAGUGACCUUAUUCUUGAGAAAAGCACUAUAGGGGUAUUCAAGGGUGUGUGCCUUCAUUUCUUCUCUGAGCUUGUUGGAAAUGCACCCUGUAAUGGAAAGAAGCUUUAUGUCAACUUGAAAAUUGGAAAGAACAUUCUUUUCUGGUUAAAUUUCUAUUUACAUAUUGUUAGAUUAAAUUUUCUUGUAUUUUAAACCUCCAGUCUCAUAAUUAUGUUUUUUCCAUGCCCAUGUGUAAUUCUUAUGUUUUCUGUGUCUCCUCAAAUAUCUUAUUCUUUAUGUUGUGACAAAAUUAAAAUUUUGAGAGGUUCCAGAUUUAAUUACCAGGGUUAGAGAACAGAGAAGACAAAAGGGAAAUUAUUAUUGUUAUUUUCUGUUGGAAGUCCUAAAGCACUGAACAACAUCCCAAGUCCUAUUGUGUGUGAGUGUGUGUGAGUGUGUGUGUGUGUGACAUUGUCUUGCUGGUUAAGUUUCUGAGACCUGCUUUUAACAUGGCAUCCUCAUGCUACAAUCUUUUGAGCCACUGGCAUUACAGGCAUGUGCCCCGCACACCUGGCUUCUCAGUCUCUUGAUACCCUGAUGUAAAUCAGAGUGUGACUUCUUUGUGUGUGGUGUCCAGAUGUUAACCAAUUCAGAACCAAGAGUUGCUUUCUAAUGUGUGUAUGUAAAUUAAAGUCCUUCAAUCUCUAAGAUUCUAGAAUUUUACUGAUCGUCAUAAUAGCAUUUAUUCAGAUGUCAUAUUCCUAGUUUUUUUGUUA